GUCACAACAAACUGGGGGGACUUCUUACCGUGACUCGCAUGCAGCUGUUUUCUUACUUGAACAAAAGGGAUCGGCCCCACCCAUCCCACCCCUCUCCCGGGAAACACUUGCCUCCACAUUAUGGCUUUCACUAUGCUGAGGCCGGUCUCGACGCAUUCCUUCUCUUACCCCGCUGACCUGACCUUGAUGUCGGACGACGAGGAGGGGAACCGCAGCGAGAGCGACGGCAGCACCGACCAGAGCUACGGCUGCUGCGGGAUUCCCGGGGAGGGCUACGGGCGGGAGUCAGGCGGCGUGGUGCCGCAUCGGAACGCCGCGAACGCCCGGGAGAGGCACCGGACCCAGAACGUCAACACGGCCUUCACGUCGCUGCGGACACUCAUCCCCACGGAACCCGUGGACCGGAAGCUCUCCAAGAUCGAGACGCUGCGCCUGGCGUCCAGCUACAUCUCGCACCUGGCCAACGUGCUGGUGGUCGGGGAGGGGAGGCAGGACGGGCAGUCGUGCCUGAGCGCGGUCUACAAGGAGGGGAAGGGGGGCGCAGGAGGCAGAAAGCCCCGGAAUAUCUGCACGUUCUGCCUCAGCAACCAGCGGAAAGGGGUGAAAGACAGACGAGACUGUAUGAAAAUGCUCGGAAGCGGCACGAGACAAAUCAGUCGGCGGUGAAACUGUCUGCGAGAAGGAUUGGAUCGACUCUUCGGAGCAGACUCAGGGGAAACCUCCACGACCGAGUCUGAAAGCAGCGCAGUCUUUUAUCUAUAGGUGGAACGCUUUAGACGCAUGUGAACUGACCAACGUCCGAGCAGGACUACUUGACAGAUGGACCUGUCGGAGACAUGGAGAGGCUCUUGGUGCCUAUCCUCUUAUACGGGCUACUGUAAUGGGUAUACGAUACUGAUGAGAUUAACUCCCAUGAAAGUUUGCACCGUUCUUGAGAUGAAACUAAGAGGAUUUCAGGAGCUCGGCUCACAGACAGACUUGCAGAGGGAAGACCACUCGGUUCACCUCAGCAAGUGUUGUGAAGUUGCGUGCAACAUUUGUGGGACACAACUUUGUUUGC